CACUCGUGAACUGAGCCUCUCGUGAGAUUUGCCCUAGAAGGAAAGAGAAAGCAGGAUUGGUCCGAUGCCGCUAUUUCCCAGUGGGCUCCGCGGAGUUUGCUGAGUCAGCGCCCGGUUUUUUCCUGCCAGACGCUGCGCCAGGGAGGCCACGUGGCGAGGUGCGCGGGCUGGGAAAAACGUGAGUUCAAACCCUGAUUCCUCCAUUUUCUUGCAGCGUGACCUUGGACUAGUCACUGGUAAACCCUCCCUCCACGCCCACGCCUCUAUUUUCCGUCUGAAAAUGAGUUAUCACAACAGGGAGUUGGAGUGAAGACCGAAGGAGAUAACGUGCUGGACUUGGGUCAGCCAGGCCGCCCGCUCCGUGAAAGCGGCCGCAGUCCUGGGUUUCACACGUAAUAAUUCCUCGAACUCAGGCGGCUGCGUUUAUUGUUUGAUCUCGUUAGUUGGUGGGUUUGCACUUGAAAUGGGCUAGCUGCUCUAGAAAUCCGGCCCCUCUGGAGGUGUGGGGGGCAGAAAUGUGACUACAGGAAAGGGGUCCAUGUCCAGGAGGGAAGGGUCGCUUUUGAGCAAGCGCAAGGUCUGCCACUCAGACUGUCCUCUGGUUCAGCUGAUGAGAAAUUAGUGGUCAGUUCUGGAGAUAAGAGGAGAGUCUCUCUGUGAGGGAGGGAUCAAGUCUCCAGUUUUCAGUUUCCUAGGCAGCGUUCUUAGAGAUUUUCUCAGGAGCCCAGGGCUUCUGAAAUACACGUGUUAACACACAGUCUCUCUGUUUGGAGCAUUUUGGUUCUCGCCCUCAGACGUGGGUGGACACGGGUGACUGAGACGGUAGGAGACGGGGAAACCAGGUGUUGGAGGACCUGAGGCCAGUCUGAGCUAGAGCGGAGUGGAAGGAAGACGACUUCAGCUGCCUUAAUUCAAACAUUUGGGAAAUUUUGAUGUGGCCCAAACUCCCACGGCAAGUGCACUUUCAGGAUACAUUUCGUAGCAGAUUCUUCAGGAUGAGCAUCAGAGCUCCCCGCAGACUCCUGGAACUGGCAGGUCAGAGCCUGCUCAGGAGUGAGGCCUUGGCCAUCGCUGCUCUGGAGGAGCUGCCCAUGGAGCUCUUUCCGCCGCUGUUCACAGCCGCCUUUGCCGGGGGACACAACGAGAUCCUGAAGGCGAUGGUCCAGGCUUGGCCCUUCGCCUACCUCCCCCUGGGGGCCCUCAUGAGGGAGCAGCAGCCUCACCAGGAGACCUUCCAAGCUGCGCUAGAUGGACUCGAUGUCCUGCUUGCCCAGGAGGUUCGCCCCAGGAGGUGGAAACUGCAAGUGCUGGAUUUACGGAAGAAGGCUCGCCAGAACUUCUGGACCGUGUGGUCUGGAACCAGGACUGGUAUAUGCUCCUUCUUGGAGCCAGAGGAGGCCCCACCCAUGAGGAAGAGGCAGAAAGUGGAUGGUUCAAGGGUGGGGCUGAAGCAGCCCUUGGCUCCAGUGGAGGUGCUCAUAGACCUUUGCCUCAAGGAAGGCACCCCUGACGAGUCCCUCACUUAUCUCAUUAAGAAAGUCAAGCAGAGGAGAGGUUUGCUACAUCUGUGCUGUAAGAAGCUGAAGAUUUUUGCAAUGCCGAUGCAGAACAUUAAGAAGAUCCUGAAAAUGGUGCAGCUAGACUCUAUCCAGGAUUUGGAAGUGAAUUGCACUUGGAAGCUGUCCACCCUGGGUCAGUUUGCUCCUCACCUGGGCCAGAUGGGCAGUCUGCGCAGGCUCCUUCUGUCCCACAUCCACAUGUCUUCCCACACUGCCCAGGUGAAGGAGGAGCAGUGUGUCAGCCAGUUCACCUCGCAGUUCCUCAGUCUGCACCACCUCCAGGAGCUCUAUUUGGACUCGAUCUCCUUCCUUGAAGGCCGCCUGGACCAGUUGCUCAGGUGCCUGAGGACCCCCUUGGAGACCCUGUCAAUAACUAACUGCCUGCUUUCGGAAUUAGACCUGACACAUCUGUCCCAAUGCCCGAACGUCAGUCAGCUGAAGGACCUGGAUCUCAGCGGGGUCAGCCUGACCUGUAUGAGUGCUGAGCCCCUUCAAGUUCUAAUAGAGAGAGCCUCCGCCACCCUCCAGGACCUGGACUUAGAUGAGUGUGGGAUCAUGGACUCCCAGUUCAGUGCCAUCCUGCCUGCCCUGAGCCGCUGCUCCCAGCUCACGAUCUUCAGCUUCUGUGGAAACCCCAUCUCCAUGGCCGUUCUGGAGAACCUGCUGCGCCACACCAUCGGGCUGAGCAAGCUGAGUCACGUGCUGUACCCCGCCCCCCUGGAGAGUUAUGAGGACGUCUACGGCACCCUCCAUCUGGGCAUCCUGGCUCAUCUCCACGCCAGGCUGAAGCAGAUGCUGCAGGAGCUGGGACGGCCCAACAUGGUCUGGUUCAGUGCCAACCCCUGUCCUCACUGUGGCGACAGGACCUUCUAUGACCCGGAGCCCAUUCGGUGCCCCUGUUACCUGCCUGCCUAGCUGGGUGCACAUAUCAUAGGCUUUAUUCUGGGCACUUGGAUGCUGAAGCCCAGACAUAAGUGCCUCUUGAAGUAACACAGAAGCCACCAUUUCAAAUAGCUUCCCAAUGUGAGCAGGGGAAAAGGAAGAGUGAUUCAGAGUGGGGGGAUAUUGCGUUGGGAGUUGAUGGGAUCUUUGGGGAGAUGCGUCUUAUUGAGUUAGAAAUAUGAAUCUGAAUUUCUAGGGGGAUAUUCUGGUUUGGGAAGUAGAUGUGGGAGUUAACCCUGCAUGGAUGGUUGUAAAGAAAUGGUCAGAAAUAAAAAGAACC